GGCGCCGAUUUCCAUCGCAGGGUGUGCCCGAACCACGCCGCACCGGUGGGCAGGCGCACACUGGCGCCGCGCCCCGUGAUGCGCGCGUCCUUGUCCGCAGGUGCUCCGCAGCGCGAUCAGGUCGUGCGGAUGGUGCGCGCUGGGCUGGGAGCCGGGAGUGCAGUGUUUCCAAGCGCCGGCCGGACACGUGUGCGUGUGGAAGAUAGCUCCUGCGCGCCGUCGUAGGCGCCCUCUCCCUGCGGAUCCGCGUUUGCGCCGGAGCCGGCUCGGGCACUCCCUGCACCCUCCCGCAGGAGAUGCUGAGCUGAGAGACGCCUUUCUUGGCCAGGCAGCAGCAGCAGCAGCGGCGGCGGCGCUUUCCUUCUUCAUCUUAGCAACAGCGGCCGCCGCCGGGAGCCCGGCGGAUCUCGCUCCUCCGAGAGGCAGCAGGUAGCCGCCGGGCGGAGUAAUCAUGGCCAAGAACCGCAAGGAGAGGAACAGCUGGGGUGGAUUUUCGGAAAAAAGCUAUGAAUGGAGCUCUGAAGAAGAAGACUCUGGUGGGAAGGCCCAUCCAGUGCAAGUGCUCAUCGUGAAGGAUGACCACUCCUUUGAGCUGGACGAAGCUGCUCUCAACCGCAUCUUGCUCUCCAAAGCUGUCUGUGAUCGGGAGGUGGUGACUGUGUCUGUGGCUGGGGCUUUUCGGAAGGGAAAGUCAUUUUUGAUGGACUUCAUGCUGAGAUAUAUGUACAACAUGGAGUUGGUUGAUUGGGUUGGGAAUUAUAAUGAACCACUCACAGGAUUUUCUUGGAGAGGUGGGUCAGAACGGGAGACAACUGGCAUCCAGAUUUGGAGCGAAGUCUUUCUUGUGGACAAACCAGAUGGGAACAAGGUUGCUGUACUGCUAAUGGACACUCAGGGUACCUUCGACAGCCAGUCAACACUGCGGGAUUCAGCCACUGUCUUUGCUCUGAGCACCAUGAUCAGCUCCAUCCAGGUGUACAAUUUGUCACAGAAUGUACAGGAAGAUGACCUUCAGCACUUGCAGCUCUUCACAGAAUAUGGGAGGCUAGCCAUGGAAGAAACUUUCCUGAAGCCCUUUCAGUCUCUUAUUUUCCUUGUUCGCGACUGGAGCUUUCCCUAUGAAUUUGCUUAUGCGGCUGAAGGUGGAGCCAAGUUUCUGGAAAAGCGUCUCAAGGUCUCUGGAAACCAGCAUGAAGAGCUGCAGAACGUGCGGAAGCAUAUACAUUCCUGUUUCACCAACAUCUCCUGCUUCCUUUUACCUCAUCCGGGUUUGAAAGUAGCUACGAAUCCCAAUUUUGAUGGGAAGCUCAGAGAAAUAGAUGAUGAUUUCAUCAAGAACUUGAAAAUCCUGAUUCCAUGGCUACUGAGCCCCAAAAGCCUGGAUGUCAAGGAGAUCAACGGAAAUAAGAUCACCUGCCGAGGCCUUGUGGAAUAUUUCAAGGCCUAUAUUAAGAUCUACCAAGGAGAAGAGCUCCCUCAUCCAAAAUCAAUGUUGCAGGCAACUGCAGAAGCAAACAAUCUAGCAGCUGUUGCCACUGCAAAAGAUACUUACAAUAAACGGAUGGAAGAGGUGUGUGGAGGUGACAAACCCUUUCUUGCACCCAGUGACCUCCAGAAUAAACACCUGGAGCUCAAGGAAGAGGCAGUGCGGCAGUUCCGUGGUGUAAAAAAGAUGGGGGGUGAGGAAUUCAGCCGUCGCUACCUCCAGCAAUUGGAGACAGAAAUUGAUGAGCUCUAUGUCCAGUACAUCAAGCACAAUGACAGCAAGAACAUCUUCCAUGCUGCGCGCACCCCAGCCACCCUCUUUGUUGUCAUCUUCAUCACCUAUGUCAUUGCUGGCGUCACUGGCUUCAUUGGAUUAGACAUCAUAGCCAGUCUCUGCAAUAUGAUCAUGGGGCUAACUCUGAUCACCCUUUGCACAUGGGCAUACAUCAGAUACUCCGGGGAGUACAGGGAGCUGGGGGCCGUCAUAGACCAAGUGGCCGCAGCACUCUGGGACCAGGGAAAUACAAAUGAGGCUUUGUACAAACUUUACAGUGCAGCUGCCACACACAGACAUUUGUACCAUCAUGCUUUCCCUACAGCUCAGAAGGUAGAACCCAAGGAAGGGACAGAGAAGAAGACCAUGUAAUCCAGAUGCUUUCCACAGAGGUGCAAGAAAUACAUCAUUAAACAUGUUAACCACUUUUGCAUCCAUGUACCAACCUCUGGCACUCCUCAAAAUGGAAGAUGGAGGAAACUGAUAACCCAUUCACACGCACCAAUGGCUUAAGUGUGGCUGCUUUAAUUUGGACAAUGCCCUGCUUGAGAGUGGAUGAAUCAGCAUGACUGUCAUUUUCUUUUCAAACAGGAGGCAGUGACUUAAUUUUGCUACAGGCUCAGUACUCCUUGAUUCUCAAGAAAAUGCUGUCUUGUUUCAAAUCGUUUUAAGAGAUUAAGGCCAGAGCCAGAGAUCAUCGUUUCUCCUCUCACACUGGGUUUUUUUCUCACAGCUGAGCCCUGCCAUCCACAAGCAGCAAGAACUGGAUACAGCAGCAGUGCAGUUGAUAGAUCAUGUACACAACUGCUUGUAUGGGCUUCUCUGAAUCCAAGCCCCUUGAGUCAUCAAGACAGCCUCAGGCUUUCUGGG